AUGUCUUACCUGAGCUCAACCUACUCGGCCAUCAAGUAUGUGGGCUAUCAAUACUGGAUCGACUGUCAGGAUCSSCGAACUAAAGACUAUUUUCUAGUCGAUGUUCAUCCGAUAACCAUAGCCCUGAUUAUGUCCGCUUAUGUAUGGUUUGUCCGAUCWGUGGGACCUAACCUAAUGAAAAAUCGACCGCCUUUUCAAUUGACAACAAUUAUGCGCUUAUACAACAUAGUAAUGGUCAUAAUAAAUGGCUACUUUUUUCAACUGGUYGUCCGAAACUGUGACUACGGGCGCCGUUUUCUCGAUACCCGAUACCCGGAUCGAUCGGACACAACGGACGAGACAAUGUGGGAACUGUCGAUGGGCUGGUGGUAUUGGAUGUCGAAAUUUUUGGAUCUAUUCGAUACUAUACUAUUUGUUUUGCGUAAAAAAUCUKCKCACAUAUCSUUYCUUCAUCUAUACCAUCAUACYAUAGUACCAGUAUUUGGUUGGCUAUUCCUCAAACACAAUGCCCUGAUGCCMGCUACCGGCCUAUUCGUCCUAAUCAAUUCAUUCAUACAUAUCAUAAUGUACUCGUACUAUGCCCURUCGACACUGGGUCCCCACUGGCGACCCUAUUUAUGGUGGAAACGUUAUAUAACUCAGCUACAAUUGGCACAGUUUGCUUUCGGUAUGCUAUACGGCACUGUAAUGGUGUUCCUUCAAUCUGGUUAUCCUGUAUUUUGGUUCUGGUUUGGCCUAACACAACCCGUAUUUUUCUUCUAUCUAUUCUAUGAUUUCUAUCAAAAUUCAUACAAUAUUUCUAGAAAACAAAAAUUAUUAACUGAKAGUAAUAACAAAAAUGAUUGA